AGUACGGGCAGAAUGCGGUCACCACAGGUAGUUAAAGUGUUGAGGAUAUAGCUGUAUAUUGCCCGCUUCCUGGUGGAGGAAUGGUGCUGGUGAGUUGUGGUGGCGAUGAUGCUGAGAUGUUUUUGCUGGAAGUCCCAGACUUCCUGGUGCGCCCACCCACACUUGGCACUCACUCACUCACUCGCUGCUGGAUUCCCUGCCGGAGAGAGCGGAGAGCGCGGAGAGCCGCGGAUGGGAAGACAGCGAAGAAACGCGCUGAAGCAUGAAUGCAAAUCCACAGCCCGAACCUGACUGGAACGUGGGCUCCGGCUCCAGCCCGGGGGAGGGAGGGAGGGAGGGGGAUAUCCCCUCAGAACACAAAAUCUUGGCUCUGGAAAAGCGUAAAAUCAGCAGCUUUGUGUCAGUGAAGAAUAAAUAAGCCCGAGGUCCCGGGAUUGAUCUUGCACGUGCAGCUCUGUUUCAGCAGGAAGAUUAUUUCCCAGUGACUACAUUGGGAACAGUCCUGUGUUAAAAAACACAAUCCGUGUGAGGAGUGACUCGACUGUGGGAGGCAGCGGUGGAUUAGCGACGGCGAGUGACUUGGAUUGCGUCUGUAGAUGCUGCUAGACUCCGGACUGAAGUGUUUCCCAGGAAUGCUGACGGACUGGGAUGGACGUGGCGAGAGAGACUGGAAGGGGGCAGCUGGCUUUCCGUGUCCACAGUAAACCACGCGAGGUAUCACAGCCCACACUCCUUAGAAGGAUGUGAUCGAUUUGGCCGAUGAGUGUGGCAGGCUUGAAGUUCAGAGAAUGAGCUCCCUAAAUGAAGUGUGGAACUCCGCUAACCUGACCGCCUCCUCUCCUGCACCUUUCCUGGACAACCUCAGCGCAUUGGGCACCAAAGCCCUGGCAGCACUGGCGAACAGAUCCGGCUCCUGUAACCUCACCCUGGCCCCCGAGCCCCUACACAACCAAGGCUGCAGCAACAGCAGUGGCAGCAGCAGCAGCAGGAAGGACAAGAACUGGGCGGCCCUGCUGAUUGUCAUUGUGAUUAUCCUCACCAUCGGUGGGAACACUCUGGUCAUCGUGGCCGUGUCACUGGAGAAAAAACUACAGAACGCCACCAACUACUUCCUCAUGUCCCUGGCGAUAGCAGACAUGCUGGUGGGGAUCCUGGUCAUGCCCGUGUCCCUCAUCACCGUCCUGUACGGAUACCUCUGGCCGCUACCUGUCAAACUUUGCCCGAUAUGGAUUUAUUUUGAUGUAUUAUUUUCAACUGCAUCUAUCAUGCACUUGUGUGCAAUAUCUUUAGAUCGCUACAUUGCGAUUCGGAAUCCUAUCCAUCACAGCCGCUUCAACUCCAGAACAAAGGCAUUCCUGAAAAUAAUUGCCGUUUGGACAAUCUCAGUUGGUGUUUCAAUGCCCAUUCCUGUUUUUGGACUUCAAGAUGCUUCCAAGGUGUUUAAGGAUGGCAGUUGUUUCCUCACAGACGAGCACUUUGUCCUGGUGGGCUCCUUUGUUGCAUUCUUCAUCCCACUCACCAUCAUGGUAGCGACCUACUUCCUGACCAUCCGAGUGCUGCAGCAGGAAGCCACUUUAUACUCAGACGAGUUGAACCCCAAACCCAAGUGGACGAACUUUCGAAUGUUUCUUCAGAAAAGCCCGCUGUCAGCCAACUCGACCGUCAAAGCAGCCAUGUUAAAGAAAUACGACAGUAAGGGGACAUCUCCUCAGAUAAUGUCUUGGUGUUCCUCAGAUAAUAAAUUGGGACCUUCAGGGAGGAGGUCCAUGCAAUCAAUUACUAAUGAGCAGAAGGCUUCCAAAGUACUUGGCAUUGUGUUCUUCCUAUUCGUUGUGAUGUGGUGUCCUUUUUUUGUGACCAACGUAAUGUCCGUCAUCUGUAUAGACGUUUGUGAUAAAGAACUGAUUGAAGAGCUCCUCAGCAUCUUCGUCUGGGUGGGCUACAUCUCUUCUGGUAUUAAUCCCCUUGUCUACACGCUUUUCAACAAGACUUACCGCUCAGCUUUCUCUCGGUUCAUUCACUGCCAAUACAAGGAAGAGAAGAAGCCCACGCAACAAAUCCAGGUCAGCAUGGUACCGACCCUCGCAAGCAGCAAAGAUAAACUGCAGCUCUCCAGCACGGAGAGUCUGAAACAUGGUGCAAAACUGAGGAGUCGUGUACCUUCUGCUGAAACCCUGGGAGACAACAAUCAGGAGACACCGCAGAUGGGAACUGUUUACAUUGCAGAAAAAGUCAGCUAUGUUUGAGUGCAGCCGUCAUGAAAUAGCAAAUGUCUUCAGAAUGGUUAAUGAAACAGAGAGUAAUGUGACACAUCUUCCAAAGCUGUUAUGUUGCAAUGUAAACUGUGCAAACUGUAACCCAAUACAUAAUGUCUUCAGUGCCUUUAAUCCACAGUACAGGGAGCUUGGCACAGUUGCAUUUUCCAGUGUGGAAACUAUUAAGAGUAAGUACUUCUUUAGUUUGGCUAUUACACCGCAAGUCAUUAUAAAGAAUUCCACAUAUUUAAUCGUGAAAUGCUGUGGACAAUUUAGUAUUUAUGAUCACUGAUUCUAACUAAGAGAUUCAGAUUUAUGUCCCUUGCGUUCUCAAAAUAUGCCGUAGCUCAUGGUAUAAUUAUUAUCAUCUCUGUCCUAAGCUGGUUAGGGGGAGGAUUGGGCAACUAUACAGACGAGCACCCGUGUUUGACUGAGGCAAUUGAUCCUGCAUGUGUUCCUGCUGAUGGGAGCCCGUAUAUAACAGCACAGUGACCCAAAGGGGAGACAUAAAGUCAGUGUGCACAUCUGUGGGAUUUCAUGUUGAGUUAUCCGUGCAAUCUUAGUUUAUCUGAUCUGCCCAGCAUGCACAUGUUUAAAAACGAUGUUAAUAUGGAGAUAUGCAUUCUGAUCAGCUGCAAGAUCCAUGUUCAAACUCAUUUUGGGGACUUUUUUCUUUGGAGUGUAGGAGGCUGAGGGAUGAUCUUAUUGAGGUGUACAAUUGGCUUACAGUGAGAGGGGAGAGAUUUAAAGUGGACCUCAGGGGGCAACUUUUUCAUGCAGGCGAUAGUCCACAUCUGGAACGAGAAAAAGGUACCGAAGUGGAUACAAUCAGAAAUUUUGAAAGAGAUUUGGACAGAUGUAUGGAUAGGAAGAGUUUAGAGGGCCAUGGGCCAAAUGAAGGCAAAUAGGACUCACCCAGUCUGCUAGGUAGGUUGGCAUGGACAAAGAAGGCAGAAGGGCCUGCUGUAAAGCUCCAUGACAGCAAGAAUUAGAAGAGUUACAGCAGGGUUUUGAAUACCCUAUAACUGCAGCAAGGGCAGCUGCUUUUUUGAGUUGUUUGAGCAAUAAUCCAUCUCUUUAGAAGCUCUAUUGACUUGUUGAAAACAAAUGCAUUGAUUUUUAAAGUGUUAUAAAAAAAGAGAAUCAGUGUUAAGCAUUAACGCUCAGAAAAUCUUUAAACAAGAAGAGAAUGUUGGAAGUUGACAAAUCACCCCAGAUUGUGCUUUGAUGAUUAAAUGGUUCAGGGUUCUAUGUACACAAACUUUUUUACAUGCUUCAUUGUUUUUGCAUAUACAGGUGCACAACCUUUUAUCCGAAAGCCUUGGGACCGGACACUUUUCGUAAUUCAGAAUUUUUCGGCUUUCGGAAUGGAAGAUUUUUAGCGUAGAUUUUAACGCUGGCGCAGUGGUAGAGUGCUCGGCUCAUAUCCGCAAGGUCGCGAGAUUGCGCCUCGAUCCCGGCAGUUACUCGAUCGCGAGUUUGAGUCUUCAAUGUAGAUUUUUCUUGCAGAAUAGGAGAGAAUAGGGAGGGUUAGGCUGGGAUCAUUCUCUGCGAGAUGAUCUUAGUGCGGGUGACAAGUGUAGGAGAGGUGUACUGACUGUGUGGGCAGAACUUUGGAAGUGAUUGCCCACCAUUCUCAAAAGCCGCUGUGUCUCCCUGUCCCUCCAACUCCAGAGGAAUCCGCUCCCCGAUGGGCCGCUACGGCGACAAGUGGCAGUUCGCCCACAGCCCGAGCUGCGCCCCCUCAUCCGCAACCCGGGUUCCUCUGGAGUUGGAGCGGGGCUGGGCUAGAGUUGCUGCUGGCUGUGAGUCUCUGGGAUCUCCGUGCUUGCAGUCGGUGUCCCGUUGGUCCUGACGUCUCCAGCCACCCCCCUGGACUGGAGCUGAGACUGGGAACUGUACCGCCCUUGCUCCCUCCCUCUGCAACUGCAAAUAACCCCACAGUUCCCAGUCUCAGCUCCUGUACAGGGGGGUGGCCGGAGAUGUUGCAGCCCGAGCUGCGCCCCCUCAUCCGCAACCCCAAGACCAAGACGCACCUUGCACACCAUCAGCUUCUGUCCCUACGGGGAGCGUGUUCCUCUGGAGUUGGAACGGGGCUGGGCUGCUGCUGGCUGUGGGUCUCUGGGAUCUCCGUGCUUGCAGUGGGCCUGGGGGCCGGUGUCCCGUUGGUCCUGACAUCUCCGGUGACUGGCACUGGCUCCGACGUGAAGACAGUGCAAAGCCCCCGCGCAGGUGCAAUGGGCGGGGAGCUGGAGAGGGGAGGGAAGGGGUCACACACAUGGCCGGGAAGCAGAGGGGUGUAGGUGGGGUGAAACUGAAGGGAGCGACAAUUUGCUGUUGCCUGCCCGCUGAGUUAAAAGGUUCCCACGCAAGACUCACGAUACACUGUGUAUCGUGAGUCUACCGUGGGAACUUUUUAACUCAGCGGGCAGGCAGCAGCAGAUUGUCAAUUAUUAACCCUCCCGCGCAAUAUACCCUCACCUUCUCUUUUAUGAAUGGGGAUUUAGUUCCCCUUUCUUCGAGGACCGACCGGAGGUUCCGCUGUCACCUCUGCGGGCCGCCCUCGGUGAACGUCUUCAAGGACCUUUCUUCAAGGACCGAAAAAAUGUCGCUAUUCGGAGCUUUUCGUUAUUUGGAACUUCGGAUAAAAGGUUGUGCACCUGUACUGGUAAACUAAGGAACAGCAGUCUCUGGACACCUUCUACAGAGUCUCCUCACUUAUCCCAGCAGUUUAAAUUCCAAAAAUGCAAUCCACAUGAAUAACAUCCCAAUAACACACAGCAGAAUGAAUUUAUGUAUUUGGGUUUAUAUUUGCAUCUUGUUGCAUUAACACAUCAGUACAUCAGACUGGUGAAGGUUACUGGGAUACACUGUUACUGCCACCCUGAAUGAAUGCCUCAAAGGCCUGAUGUGCAAUUGGCCUGAACCGAACUCCCUGAGCAAGAUUGUGAUUGUUCCAAGGUUUAUUUUAACCUUGUGGGGUUAUCACUACCACCCUUUGCCCAUUUAUGAUAGCUAUAUUCUCCAGACAAAGUCCUGAGACUCUACACAGCAUGACAGUCAUGCAUGCAGUGGUGGCCUGAAAGCCUUACUCACUGAGUGCUCCCUGUUGAGGAGAAAUAUGCCUCUUCCAGAUGACCAGACCAAUUCAGACAUUGCUAUUGGGAUACUUGCACAUGGCACAGACUCUUUAAAGAUGGCAGCAUUUUUAACCAAUAUCAAAUGUUUUUAAAAUAACUGUAAAAUAAAAUGCAUUGGGAUUAACAAACGUAAUAUGCUGUGUCCCCCGUUGUCUCCUGUUGCCUGCUUUGAAGCGCUGGAACAGUUCCUAGCCGCCCCGAUUCCUGUGCAACCAACGUGUGAUGUGCUGAGAUUACACAUCUCCUCGCUGCACUGUUUUUGAAUUGUGUACAAAAUCGAGAAUUGAAUUCUGUGGCUUUAGAUGUGUAUUUCAACUCCGAAUGUUGCAAUAAAAACAUUUUAAGAACCCAGUGCCUGUCAUGAGAGUG